AUGGGAAGAGCUCCAUGCUGCGUCAAGGCGGGGUUGAAGAAGGGGAGGUGGACGGCGGAGGAGGACGAAGUCCUCCUCAACUAUAUCGCCUCUAACGGCGAAGGCUCAUGGAGGUCUCUCCCCAAGAAUGCAGGGCUGUUGCGAUGCGGGAAGAGCUGCAGGUUGAGGUGGAUAAACUACCUGAGGUCCGGUUUGAAGCGAGGGAACAUUACUCCAGAGGAGGAGGAGAUCAUCGUCAACCUCCAUGCAUCACUUGGCAAUAGGUGGUCCCUCAUAGCCGGGCACCUUCCUGGAAGAACCGACAACGAGAUCAAAAACUACUGGAACUCCCACCUCAGUCGGAGGAUCUACAGCUACAAGCGAUCAAACAGCAUCGCUGCGUCGGCGAUCGACCUGAGCAAGCUCCCGGGCGGAGGCAAGCGGCGCGGCGGCCGGACGAGCCGGGCGGCCAUGGAGAAGAACAAUUAUAACGGUCGAAAUUCUCAGGUGGCUGCGGUGAGCCCCGCUGCCUCGCUGGGGCAGAGCGAGGGGGCUCAGAGCGCGGUCGUGGAUCCCGACACGAACCGAGCGAGCAGCGCCGGCCGUGGUGGAGAUGAGGAGAUGUAUAUAGAUGAUCUCGAGCUGGAGAAGAUGAUCGAGGACUUGAGAUGUUCGAUCGAGGCGAGGAAGAGCGACGAGGGGCCAGCGGCGGAACAGAUGGAUGAGUUCUUGAUGCACGAGUGGGACUGGGAGACGAAGCUGUGGGACGAGGCAGAGGAGACGUGGCCAUGGACGCAGUGGGACAGUAGAGAAGCAUGGGAGGAGAACCAAGAAAGCUCACUGCCGGAGUGCAAUUGGCUAGAACAGGAUCUUUACUUUAAUUAGAACAGGAUCUUUACUUUAAUUUGGGACAAAUUUAAAUAU